AUGCUCCCUUCGUUAGUCAGAUCGGGUGGUUACGUUUGGAAGUUUACUCCUCAUAUAACCUCAACCCAGAGGGUCAAUUUACGCAAAAGAAGUGAACAAGUAGAUGCCAACAUUGAUCAAAUAUAUCGUGGUUUAAUUCAACUGCAACAAGAUGACAAGAAAAUGGGUGACAGAACAGGAUACCCCAAGAUCGACCAUUUGAAAUUUGAUAUGCCUAGAUUCAACGAAAUGAGCAGUCGGGAUAAGUACACCACAUUCAGCAAACAUUCGCGUGAUUACAGAAAACCGAUUCAUAGGGUGCCUAAAUGGACCAAAUUAUCAUUUAGAGAGAAUCCUAAACACUUUUAA